AUGGCUCACCGCGGACCGCUUAGAGAGAUGUUCGGCCUGCUAUGCAUGGCUGUAAUCCUUCCGAAGGUCGAGAAGAUAGCCACCCCAGUAGCAAACACAGGCUACAUCAUCGACACCAUCGAGGACAACAACAUCCACAGCAUCAUGGUCUCGCCCGUCACAACACCUCCUACCACCGGCUUCUUGUCCCUUCUCAUUUCACUCUUCACUACAGCACUAGCCGUCCUUGGCGACGAGCUCAUAAACGUGGCCGCCAUAUGGAUGCUUACCAACGGCCUGCUACCCUCACUUAGGAUCAUCAAGCGACUGGUCACUUGGACUGGCACGUCCAUUCACCGACUCUUUCGAGCGCCCAGACACGUCAUUAGCGGGGAUACAACCCCAGAAGAAGAGGUUACCAACGGGGAUCCAACCGAUGGAACGCAUCGAUCCACACCAUCACAAACUACAUCAGCAGGAGAAGAUGACGAGGACGAGUGGUUUGAUACCCAAGAAUCACGGCCAUCACCGGGAGAAAUCCCCGACAACACUCCACUCCCACCAACAAAUGACCAAGCUUUGGCUGAUCUCCGAGCGGAAUCGGCAGGGAAAGAUGCGGAAAUUGCCAUGCUUGCCAAAGCCGUCAGCGGAAAAAGCGAUACUAUCGUGACUCUCGACCAAAGAAGUAGCCGUUUGAUGGGGAACCUACGCGCUACUCUGGACCCUCAAGGCCUGUAUCCGUCUAGAACGGACGUCGUUGCGAUGGCCAACGACCUGACACUUGACUUCAACCGUGUCUCGAGGAAGCUAGAGCGCAAGAAGGAAGAGCUUCAAGAGGCAGUGGCUCGUCAAGAGAGUGGGCAGCUUGCGGCGAAGGACAAGAAGAUCUCUAAGUUGUCUCUCGAGACCACGAGACUCAGUACUCGAAGUGAAAGGCUGGAGAGAGAACUCCGCCUGUGCCUUGAAGAGGCAGAGAGAAACAAAGAAUCGGCCGGGACGAGAGAGGCGGCGCUCAAAGAGCGGACCUUGGCCGCAGAGAGCGCAGUUAAGAUGGCAAUCUCCCAAAGACAGCAUGACGUUGUCAGGGAUCAACUUGACGGUGUGGUCGGAGAACUGAGUGACGCCAUCAACACUCAAGGCCGUCUGAAUACCGAACUUCAAGCCGAGAGGGCGAGAACUCAAGAGCUCCAAACCAUGGCUGACAACGGAGUUGAAGCACGACGGCAUUCCGAGACCCUGUUAGACACAGCAACGCGCGGUCUUCAGCUAGCCAACGACAACAUUGCCAACUUCGAGAGGGAAGCUCUGGCUAUAAAUAAAAAGGUAUUCGAUGCGGAGGAGAGAGUGUGGGACGCGGAGAGGUGCGCUGCCGAGACGGCUACGACGGUGACCGAACUUGAGCAGAAGCUGCAAGAAGCAGAGGAGAGCAAGGAAAGCGGUGCAGAGGUCACAGCCGCCGGAAAUGUUUCCAACCAAGACUCAACGACGGAGAUCAGCAACCUUCGUCUACAGUUAGAGUUGGCUAACAAGGAGGCCUCGGGUGCGUUUCAAUCUGGAUAUCUACUGGCGAUGUCGGAGAAUGCACCCAGCGACCAGAGCGCGGAGGCCGCUGGCCACAAUCUGCCGGAUCCUGACCAGCAGAAUGCGCCCACGACUCGAGAGAACGAGCUGUUUGCUGAGGUCCAGACGCUCGCAGAGGCCAAUAAAGGUCUCCAGCGCUCCGACUCGGCGAGUGAAGCCCGAGCCAACAAGCUGGAAUCGGAGAAGCAAGAGCUCCUCGCAAAGCUUAAUGCUCUCAAGCAGCGGAAAUCAGCGCGGGCGCUCAACCCGGAAGACGAGCCUUUGUUCCAGCAAGGGCACGAAAAAGCGGUUGCCAAUUGCGAGCGCGAGGCUCGGGAUUUGAUCGCAAACGCAGUCCGGCAAGAGGUUGCCGAGGGAGAAGAGCGAUGGAAGCACCGAGAAGCUGGAUGGCAAGCCGACCUUAAAGCCGCAGAAGCCAACUUUAACGUCGCAGUGGAGAACGCAGCUGUUGGGAGGGUGCACGCCCUUCAGGAGCAGCUCAACAGAAGCGUCCAACGAGCGAUACAGGCUGAAAAUAAGGUCAACAAUCCUGAUGGCGAGCUGAGAGAAGCCCGGGAAAUGGCUAGUACGGCCUAUGAUGGUGCCACGAAGCAGUACGACCGAGCAGUAGCGGCGGAGACACGGGCCAACGAGGCCGAAGGGAAAGUCCAAGAGGAGCACGACCGAGCGCAGGCAGCCGAGGCAGAAGUCGAGAAAUACAAGAAAGGCAAGGCGAGUCAGGACGGACGGAUCAAGCAAUUGAAUGAUGCUCUCGCCGCCGCGACGAGAUCCAAUUACCAGGACGAUUGGAAGGCUGUAGAGGCCAAAGCCACGGAGAAGGACCUGAUCCGUGCUCGCGCGCUAAUUCUGGAGUCCCUCAAGCGUCAUUAUUGUGAGGAGACACGAGUCGUGCUACGCCAGCUCAUCAAUGCCAACGACCGGAUCGAUACCCUCAAGUCCCUGCUGAAAGAUCCAGCCAGGGAGCCCAACCAGAUGCAAUAUCUGACAGUGCUCCUAGACGGAGAGGUCAUGAAGGAAGAUAUCAAGAAGUUGCAUGCCAAGAAUCGUCAAGUGUUGACCAAACAAUGUGCCGGUGUCAACGCAAAAUAUAUGGAGCUGAACCACAUCAUCAAGAGAAGCUCCCCGCCGGACACGAAGGAACUGCUCAUACAACUGUUCAAAGAUCGAGGGGAUGAGAUGGCUCGUUGGGACAUGGAAGGCUCCGAUUCUGAACCAGAGAGUGACGAAGAUGAGGACAUCAAUGUCUUCAAUCGACCGCGAAAGCCUUCUUCUCGCCCAAUAGGUCUCCCCCCCCCGCAUAGAUUCGGGCGGUCCUUGCAAACGGGAAUGCAAUAUGGCCCCAUGCCUAGCGACCCAAACUCGGACAACCCCUUGAAACGCAAGGGCAAUCUGGAUGCUGGUUCUCCAGAUGAAUCGACCAAGCGACCUGAUACCAGGAAGAAGGAUUUGAGACCAACGGGCUCUCCUUUUGGUCUCUCUCAUCCACGAGGUUCGUCGUCUCCAGAAGCUGAUGAAGACGAAAAUGAGACUAAGGCGGUGUCUCAGGUUAACUUGCCAUCUGCAGACCGUCUCGGGGAAGCUACUGCCUCGCAACAACAGAGCAAUAACCAGCCUCACGUCAGCCCCCAAUUGCUAGGCCCAACAUCAUCCCCCAUCCAGCGACGUAGCCCUAUAUAUACCCCUCCAGCGCUUUGGUCAGGAGAUUCAUCGCAGGCUGGGCACAACCAUGACCCUAAGCCCACGAAGAUUCCAGGUCCGAUGCCAACAUCUAACCUGACAUCCUCGGAGCGAAAGGAGAGACUGGUUCAUGAGUAUGACAAGGCCGCUCCAGCACAAGAAGCAGCCGCGUCCACCGCUGGAGGACCCACUGGUUUCUCCUUCAGCGUGCCUAGGGACGUAGCAUCAGUCGUCGUCACCCCAGCCCCAGCACAGCCGAACCAUAAGCGAGUCUUCAAAGGGCUGUCGCUGUUGGGAGCAGCUAUGGCGGACAAGGACUCGGCUCUACCAGGACUUCCACCCCUGGAAGAAGACGAAGUCUAUGAGUUCGAGGGCCAGGUUUCAGAUUCCGAGCUGGACGAUGGGUUCCUGGCCCAUACCGUUUCGGAUGACGAGGACGAUGACGAAGCGAUCUGGGAGAGCGCCUUGUACCCCGAAGACCGAGACGACGAUCUGAACAUCGAUCUCCACGCUCAUACUCCCACGGACAACAGAAACGACACCAAGCCGUCUUCCACGGUACGAGCUCUCGACAUGACAGAGCAGAAUUACGAAGAGCAAGCCGCAGAAGCCGCAGCCUCAAUGCAAGGCAUACAGCAAAAUGCGCCCGAGCAGCAAGGCCGGCCCCAGACCGAGGAGCCGGACACCUUCCACAUCGACCUCGACUAA